GGAAGGCGCUCGGGUUUGCGCCGGCGUCUCUUGCAUCGUUGCUCAGUCGCUUUCGCAGCCCUCCGGGUCGGACUGGCGCACUUCUCCAGCGAGUUAUGGCAACGAAGGCCGUGUGCGUGCUGAAGGGCGACGGCCCGGUGCAGGGCACCAUCCACUUCGAGCAGCAGGCAAAUAAAGUUGUGGUAUCGGGACGCAUUACAGGAUUGACUGAAGGCCAGCACGGAUUCCACGUCCAUCAGUUUGGAGAUAAUACACAAGGCUGUACAAGUGCAGGUCCUCACUUCAAUCCUCAAUCCAAAAAACAUGGUGGGCCAACGGAUCAAGAAAGGCAUGUUGGAGACCUGGGCAAUGUGCUUGCUGACAAAGAUGGUGUGGCCAUUGUGUCCAUUGAAGAUUCUCUGAUCUCACUCUUGGGAGAGCAUUCCAUCAUUGGCCGCACAAUGGUGAUCCAUGAAAAACCAGAUGACUUGGGCAAAGGUGGAAAUGAAGAAAGUACAAAGACGGGAAAUGCUGGAAGUCGGCUGGCUUGUGGUGUAAUUGGGAUCGCGCAGUAAACAUUCCCUUCCAUGUGGUCCGAGUCCCAUUAACUCAUCUGUUAUCCUGCUAGCUGUAGAAAUUUAACUUGAUAACAUUAAACAUUGUAAUCUAAAAGUGUAAUUGUGUGACUUCUUUUUAAUUGCUUUAAGUAUUUGUAAUGAGAACUGAUAUUACAAUUACUUGGAAAAUUUGUAUAGUUUUAUAAAACUCAAUUAAAAUGUUUCAAUGAUCUCUGUAUUUUACCAGAUUAACACAAAUGGGUAUUAAACUGUCAGAAUUUCUUCAGUUCUCAUUCAAGCUUGGGAAUAAACACCCUGUGUAUGGAUGGCAUUUAUUUUUGGCUUAUUAAAGUAUCAAAAUCAAAAUUCUAAAUUAAGCUCUGAUACUUAUUUAUACAGAGCAUGAAUGGAACAGAUUUAGUAAUACUAAUGAUCUCAUAGCACUCUCAUUUUCAAAAUGUUUGAGAGGGGCCAUCAAAAUGUAUAAAAAUUUUUAGCAACUUCUCUUUUUAGCUAUGGCAACCCAAAUUUGUCCUUUGUCAGUUUUAGGGAAAUUUCCCUGCUUCGUUACUAAGCAUUUUGAUUCAUAAAGUACCUGAUUUUUUUUUUUUUUAAGCAUGUAGUAUGGUUUAAGGAAGCUCUUUGAUAACUUUUAGUGAACUUAUAAAAGGCAAAUAAAUUAUAGCCUUAGUUAGCUAAGAUUAAUUGACCUACCUGUCAGAAUGACACCUAUUCUACUUUACAGAGUGGAAGUUGGCACAAUCUCUUUUCUUCAGAUUGGCCCUCUGAAGAUACUACAGUACUAGAAGAGGGAACCAGGGAAAUAUUUGAUUGUUGGCUUCUGACUGUUGAAAUAGUGCAAGAAUUUACAUAAUUUACCCAAGUUGCAAUUGGACAGAGAAAUCAGUUCUCUUCCUUUUAAUGUAAAUGUGUGUGUACCUGUACCUGUGAGAAAAAUGUUUAAAUGAAGUGUUAAUCUGAGGCUUGUGACUAUCUGGGUUACAGUUGUUUAUUAAGAAUUGAAUUGUAUAAAUAGUUCUGAUAAUCGGAAUAAACUAUAAUCCUAUCAAUAUGUA